CUGACUGCUACACCCUGCAAGUUUAAAUAUGGGAGCUGGCACCUUACAAAUAGCCUGACUCUGUACAAAUCAUCAUCCACGAUGGUUCUCCGAUGCUGCAGGGGACCCGGGUGACAGCCCAUUGGUCUCUGGCUUGGACAUUCGUGCCCAGAGCGGCCACAGUGCAGGCUGUUGAGAAACGAGAGUGUGUGUGGAGCAGACGUGGGCCAGGAGACAUGCUUCCCAGUGAGGAAAACCUGCCAUUGAACUUCCGCGGGACCGUGGUCUGAGGAAGGCUCAUCGCGGUCAGAAAUUGCCUCUGGGAAAGUUCCCUUGAGAUACCCCCUGCGCUCCGGAGGGAGGCCCUGGUGUGCACCCUCUUCAAGUCGUGGACGGUCAAGCAAAUACAGAAAGGAGCACCUUUGCCCGUCUGGGCCCCCACAGGACAGGAAAUAGAGGAGGGCCGUCGGAGCACCCUGGUUCUUCUUCUAUUUCUGUAAACGUGCUGCAGCGUGACUUCCGCAGCCCUCUGACAAGCUGCUGCCUCUCAACUCGGAGCUGGAUUCUUCCUCCGAUGAGAAAGCAUCUCCAGUGGCAGCCCCCGACCUGGUCCUCAUGCUGCUGGGGCUCAUGCUGUUGAUGUGCGCGCCGCCCUGCGAACUAACUGUCCUGCUGUAGCCACAGCGGUCAGCCCGCACGACUUCUCUCCCAGACCCUGCUCGGUGCCACCGUUCACUCUGAUCCCAAUCCAAAGUCUUACCUUCACCGGAAGAGAAGAGGAAGUUUCCCCCCAGAAGGAAUCUUCCACUGACGUGUGUUUACAUCCAGGAGACACCAGAACUGCUCUCCUCUAUGCAAAGUACCGUCCACGGGGCCGGAAGGGGCCUUCUGCGUCCUCAAGAACACGGGCUGCAUGUACAACCGGGGGGAACAGGCCUCUGACGCCAACGGUCAGGGGUGUUCGGGACCAGCCCAACCUUCCGGACGGCUCUUCUGAGAUUCGUCCAGGUGGAACUCAGGCCGUGGGCUCAUGGGCUCAAUCCGAGCGUAAGCAGAAAUCCAAGACCACGCCCAGAAGAGACGAAACUCCCGCCGCCGGGAAUCUGUCAGGUGUUUCUGGGAACACCCGAGAAUGAUCUGGGGCAAGCUCUGAGCUCGAGGCUGAGCUCCAGCCCUCGCAAACGGCCCUGUCCGGGUCCCACUCCACGCCUGCCCUGCCCCAUUUAGAAGCAUGGGGCCCAGCUGCCUAGACGCCUUUUUUAUUCCUUCCUCUGCUCAGCUCAAAAGCUGUGCUGUCCUCGGCCCACUGGGACUGCAGUUUUCCAAGGACAGAAAAUGCCUCCCGGCGCACAGGGGUUCCGUCCAGGCCCCAGCACAGAGCAAGCAUUCUGGUACCGACGUCGGGAGCGAGUUCUUUUGAGUUCCCAGGCGAGGCAUUCCACCAGCCAGGCUUGAGGUGACAGGUGUUGGAGCAGCCCCCGCCUCUCAGUGACCUAGAUCACGUGGCAUUUUUCGCUGGUGAGGGGAGACAGGCUUCUCUUAGGAAAAUUCCUAAACUUUCCCGAAAAGCAGAGGCUCUGAGCCUUCCACAAACAAAUGUCUCAAGAGCCAGUGUGCUCAGGGAUUCUGGGGUUUCCUGGGCGCUGACACUGGGCAGAAGGAGGUGAGGGGAAGCAGGACCCAGCUUUGCCCACCCGUGGUCCCCCUGGAGAAAAGCCUUACGGCCGAAGAGGGAGGCAUCCCUGAGCUCAAGGUACAGAUUGAAAUUGCUCUGCACAACCUUGCCUUCUACAGAGGUAUGGGCACAGUCCCAGAGCAAGGGAGCCCGGUGCGUGCGUGAGGCAUUUUCCGGCAGGUGCGCCCCUGUUGCUUCCAGUGGGAAGGAGAGAAUCCGUAAAGAAGGCAUCGAGCGCCUCUCAACCUUUCCCUGACUGGCAGAUCCCCCGGUGUCACGUUCCGUCCUUGGAAGAAAUAGUGUGGCUCUGGGACACCAGGGGAACAAAGCAGAAGAAAAAUGACCGCCCUGAUUUACAACAAGAAUGAAUGAAACCCACUCACUUUUCCUGAAGCGUCAGGCUUCACCGCCUCCAAUCACAGUCAUCAGUGCCCUGCCCUGUGUCCGGAAGGGGUGUGUUUAGUUCGUGGCUAGAAAUGUCGAAGCGUGAGAACCAAGUGGCAGGCAAGGGUUGUCUUAUGGACGGAAGAGGUGCUGCGCGGGGGGCGCCGGGGUGCGGGAUGGGCUCUGCACCCCACUGGGUGGUUAUCCGAGCACCAAGUGCCUCCGCCCGGGGACUCUGAACCCCUGGGCCCUGGAACAUAUGUGUUUCGUCCCUCUCUCCAGCCCUGCUCCUGACCGCCACGCCCUCUCGGCCCGUGGAGGGAGGCUCAGUGACCCUGACCUGCAACGUUCUGGUCCCUUCACGGAGGCUGGACGGCCCCCUCCAGUUCUGCUUCUUCAGAGACAACCGGGUCCUGUGGCCGGGCUGGAGCAGCUCCCCGGAGCUCCAGCUCCCCACGGUGUGGAGGGAAGACUCAGGAUCCUACUGGUGCGAAGAAAAGACCAUGGCAGCCAGAGUCGCUCGGAGCCCGAGGGUCCAGAUACAGGAGUCCCCGUCUGUAAUGUGAGCUUGGAGACGCAGCCUCCCGGCGGGCAAGUGCAGAAGGGAGAGAGGCUGGCUCUCAUCUGCAUGGUGGCCAGGGGCACAGGAGACAUCACCUUCCUCUGGUACAAAGGGGCCCUGGGUUUGAACCUGGAAACAAAGACCCAGCGCUCUCUGGCAGCGAAGUUUGAGAUCCCGGCGGUGAGGGACAGUGACACGGACAAAUACUACUGUGCGGCCGACAACGGCUACGGCCCCAGCCUCAGCGAGCUGGUGAGCGUCACGGUCAGAAUUCCAGUGUCCCGCCCCGUCCUCACCAUCAGGGGGCCCGGGGCCCCAGCCGAAGUGGGGGACGUGGUCGAGCUUCGCUGCGAGGCCCAGAGGGGCUCUCCCCCCAUCCUGUACCGGUUUUAUCACAAGAAUGUCACCCUGGGGAGGAGCUCAGCUCACGCUGGAGGAGGAGCGUCCUUCAACCUCUCUCUGACCGCAGAACAUUCUGGAAACUACUCCUGUGAGGCCGACAACGGGCUGGGGGCCCGGCGCAGCAAGGCGGUGCCACUCAACGUCACAGUGCCCACAGAGGACAGGAAAGAACUUCUCGCCUCGGGAAUCCUCGAGGGGAUGCUUGGCGUCCUUGGUCCCGUCAUUCUGGCCUUAUUCUGCUGUGGGCUCCGGAAAAGACUAGGAAGACGUUCCUCCGGGAACCCACGCGGGAGCCCUCCGAGCCCUGUGCCACCAGCAUCCAGCUACGUCAACUCACCCGCCCCGCUGCAGGGACAGUCUGUGUACGAAAACGCAAAUGUUGUACGCGGGGACGAGGUUUACUCUUUGGUGUACCACACGCAGCAGGAACGGCCACCAGCAGUACCGCCCCUGAGGACACGCAUCGAGGACCAGGUGAGUCAGAAUCCCCAUCGUACUUUCCCUCCUGCUCGUCUUUCUUCUGCCGACGGCUCCUCAAACUUUAAAACUUAUGGCCACUUAGCAAAACCCAAAUGCCUCCAGGGUCUGUCUCUUCCCCUAUCUCCCCACACAGUGGGAUAAAAACAUUUGGUUAUAACAGUAAAGCGUCACUGUGCAAGGGAAUUUUGGAGGCUUGCGUAGACGUUUCCUUUGGCCACAGACACAUGGAUGAUUUGUAGUUACACUCUGGCACGUGCCAAGUCUAAACAUGCCAUUCCUUGAAAAUCCUUGUUGUGAAAUACUGUUCAGCCACACACACACACACGCACACACGCACACACACACACGACUUUGUGUUGUGAGGUUAACCAAACGACCCGUGGAAAACUAAAUUAAUAUUGAACGAAGCUAAACUAAGAGGGAUUUGUGUCAUUGAAACUCAGUGAUCUGUCAACCUUGAAUAAUUGACAUCACUGAUAAUACGGAAAUACGCUCAGAAAAUUGCGGGAAUCCCAGCUCGGCAUGUGUACAAAGACAGUAGAUGCUUUGUAGUUUUGUCGAGUGCGGUGGGGAAGCCAGAUGUGUCACGACAGAACCCAUGUCCUUGGGAAACUCCAGUGACACGCUGAAUUUAGUGUAUGAGUGUAAAAUCCUGAAAUCCUGCAAAAAACGCCAGCCCGCGGAACUGCCUAGCAGUGGCCCCUCCGAACGGGAGAGGGGCUUAUGCGUUUGGAUCCACCGGGGGGAUGGGACGCGGGCCCUUUGAAAAUGCUCGCCCAGGGCUGCAGUCUUCCAAGAGGCUGUGCUGCAUGUGCGUGGCACGUCAUGAUAGGACGUGCCCCGGCUGCCUGGGGAAGAGACAGGCCCCAUGUGUGUUCCCUGCUCUGGUCCUGUCUAUGUGCCUUUGCUUUUAGGAUGCCUCAGCCAUCUAUUUUAGGCUGAAGAAGGCAAACGUUACAGAUGAGGACUACGAUGACGCUAUGUAACAUUCCGGAAGAUUCUGCCCUUUGGAAACCAUCCAGGACCCUAAGCCUCAGAACCAAUACGUUCUUCAGAGAUCCUGGGGUAGUCAGCCCUCCAGUUAUUCUCACCCAGGUGCUUUCCUCCCAAGACUAUUCCUAAAACCAGCCAAGAGAACCAACAUGAAUGUGGGGGCGGGAAGGACCUUGUUACCAGGACCCCAUACCUACUGGUUCUUCUAGGCACAGGUCGAAUUGUGCUCUACCUUCUUAUAAGAGGACACAAGGUGGGUGAAAGAACUUGGGAUCUUGGGGUGGAGGGACAGUGCAACUCACUCAGCGGGCCGGGAUGCAAGGUCAGUGACUCCACGGGGCUGCCGCACACGGAGAUGGGUGUCGUCACCUCGUAAGUGUAGACGGGCUCUGUACCGAUCUCCAGAGAAGACGUCCAGUCCUGCCACUUACGUGCACCCUGCCUCUGCGUAAAAUAUGUCACUCGGUGCAUUUGGGGUCACUGACACCAAAUUAGAAUUCAAACAAAGUUUUGUAAAUACGUACUGUGGGUGCACUCAACUUUGGCGACGUAUUUUGUGUGCAUAGGCCAGUCUAGAUGCCGCCAUAUUUGUAAUGAGAUAGAAUCUUGGUGAGUUUCACCACAUCCAAAGUUCUGUGCUUGCUGUGGCUUCUAGAAGCUUUAUGAAUACAGUUUUCUUCUUUUAUUCACAAGCCUUUUAAAAAUGUGACAAUACAAUUUGGAGUCUGUAUUUUCAUUUGAAAACAAUUAUUCACCACCUCUUACAAAUUAAAACAAUUUAAAAGUAUACAAUGUAAAAACUAAGGGUCUUCCCUAUAUCUAACACCACAAACGGUGCCCGUUGCUUAAAAACUUAGCUGCACAGAUAUUUUUAAUUCUUCAUACAAACUCUUAUACAUGCAAGUAAAUAUACAAAUAUUUAGAAAUAUGCCUACCUUUAAAAAUUGCAGAAUAUUUUCAAGGCUUUACGUAGACAUCUACUAUUUUAAAAGGCUAUAUAUAUAUAUAUUGGCUAUAUACAGAUAAAUCAUAAUAUAUACUUUUUUUUUUGCAAACUAGAAGUAACAUAAAAUUUGCCACAAUGACCAUUUUAAGUGUACCAUUCAGUGCCGUGAAAUACUAUCAUAGUAUAUUGUAGUCUUUUCAACCACUGAUGGACAUGGGGUGGUUUCCAAAAUUUUUAUAUUAUAAAAACAAUACUAAAAUAAAUGUCCUAGGGCGCCUGGGUGGCUCGGUCGGUUGA